GGUGCGCCUGCGCAGACGCUGUGGGAGCCGGCGCUAUGGUUUCCACGAUCAUUUCCGUAUCACGGAUGGCUGUGGUCUGGAGAGCAACAACAUCAUCUCUUCUGAGCCAUUCUUUGAGGAAAAUGAGUUAUCAAGAAGGAAAGCCUGAGCCUGUGAAGCCAGCCCUGAAGAAGUCAAAGCUGCCAGUCGGUCGUUUUGACUCGCCAGAGGAUUCCCCCGAGGAGAGAGACCCACUGCAGAAGUUUCCAGAUGAUAUAAAUCCAGUUACGAAAGAAAAAGGUGGACCCAGGGGCCCCGAACCUACACGCUACGGAGACUGGGAACGGAAAGGACGCUGUAUUGACUUUUAAGUCAUGCAGUCUCACAACUGCAGAAUCAUUUCCUGAACUAUUUACAUCAUAUUGUUUUCUUUUUCUGUAUCUUUUAAGUGUGUAAUUUCCAUUGUAUGCCUUAAAAUGCAUGUGAUAGCUUUGAGGAGCAAAUGCUGCUAUAGAUCCGGAAAGUGGAAACAUUUUUCCAUUAGUAUGUUAACUUCACCUCAAGUGUGUCAGGGCAGAGAGCCCGUGGUGAGAGUUUCAAGCCUUUGCCGUGAUCUUUUUUAAAAAAAAAAAAAUCAGUUGCUUAAAAUGCACAUGUAAAUAAAUACCUUUUGAAGAUUUUUCUUAAGAUUUAUUAUUUUAUUUUUAUAAGUAUGAGUGGUUUUUUUUUUGUUUUUUGUUUUUUUUUCUGUAUGUAUGUAUGUACUUGGAGCCCAGGACAGCCAGAAGAGGGCAUCAUAAGCCUCCUGGAACUGGAGUUGUGGGUGGUUGUGAGCUACCAUCUGGAUAUUGGGAACUAAACCCAGGACCUCUGCAAGAGCAACAAGGGUCAAAACCUCUGUGCCAUCUCUUCCACCCCCAAGAGCUGGUGUUGUUAUUUUUAACUAUGUUUACAUAUGCAAAUCUGUGUGUACACACAUAUGAGUGCAGUUGCACUCACAGGCCACAAGGGGGCAUCAGGUUUGUUUUUUUUUUUUUUUUUUCUGGGGCUGGAGUUACUGGCUGGUGUAAGUCUCCUCCAGCACUGGAUUGCUGGGAACCAAGCUCAGGUCCUGCGUAAAGCCAUUGUCUCUCUUAACCACCGAGCUGCCUUCCUGGCCCCAGUAAGAUCAUUGCUAUGAUUGGGUCGAGUUUAUGUAAGCCAGAGUCAUCUUGGAGGAAGGACCCUCAAUUAAUAAAAUGCUUCCAUCCGA